AAUGAAUUACAAGAGCAUUUAGCAGACAUUCAGACACUGGUUUUAUCUGAUGAUGAAAAUAAAUAUGAUGAUGAGCCAGUAAUCAACUUUAAGCAAAACUUAUACAAACAAGCCUUAAACUUAGCUAAAUAUGAAGAUAACUCAUAG